AGAGUCAUGCCAUGGCGACCGGCAUUGCAGGCAGUCAGGCAGGACCGGAGUAGAAUAGUGUGAAUUUCCUACCAGAAGGCGCCUCCGCUACAAUAUAGUAAUUUCGGUGCAUAGCACGGCGGAAAGCUUAGCGGAAAAGUAACGGCAACGGCGGAAAGCGCGGCUGGCGGAGGCGGAGGGGGGAGCUUCCGCAUCCACCCGUCGCUGCUCCCAUGCGCCGCACCCCCGCCCGACUCCCGGGUUUCCCGCAGCGGAAGCAGCAGAGUCCCGUCAUGCAUCAGUUAUAGCAGCAGCGGGAGCAGCAGCCGUCUAAGCGGCCGGCACGGCAGUCAGCGCGGUCGACGCGAAGCCAUGGAUGGACUUUCCUCGUCAGACGACGACGACGAGGGGAAGGAAACGGGAGAGUUGGACUUUCUCGCGGAGGAGCUUAUAAGCGGACCGAGCGCUAAACGGGACGGCGCGGCUGCUUAUAACGGGGCAGCAGCUAAUAGCGGAGCAUCAGCGGGUUUUUUCUCGUACUCUUCUGCCGUGGCGAGCCGCGUGAAGUCGCACGUGAGGCGGCUGAGUCAGGUGGGACUCGGGGGAGGUAAGGACCGUCAGGCGGAAACUAACGCCACGUCAGCUUCCUCUGGUGCCACGUCAGAUUCUUUGUCCGCGCCUCCGGCGGCCCAGUCGAGCAGCGGGGCGAACAACCUCUCCCGUAUUUUUCGCCGCGUUUUCCGGCGCCCAAUAGGUGCAUCUUCCUCCUCCACUUCUGCCUACGAGAUCGAGCUCCCCCCUCUCCCAUCCGACAUCCCCCCGCAAAUGAACGGCGGAUACGCGUCCCUGGACGAUCCGACGGCUGGGAACGCGCCGAUCGCGUAUCUGACGGACGAUCUGCUCUUGGAGUGCCUGGCGAGGGCCGAUCGGCGCGCUUUGGGGGCCAUGCAGCACGUGUGCCGCACGUGGCGGGGUAUUAUUCGCACUGACGCGUUCCGGGAUUACCGGGAGGCUUUAGGACGGAUGGAGAAUCACUUAGUGGUGAUUAGUAAGGGCCAGACCGCCCAGUCCAAGGUCUUAAUUCAGUGUUACAAUUUGAAGUCCAAUUCUUGGUCUUGGGUGGUUUUUCCAAACGAGUCGUUAGCAAUAGACGAUUUCUCCCAGUGCUGCCCUAUAUCGAAUCGGAUUUUCCUGUUCGGAGGCAUACUCGCUAAAGGCCGUCCCCCGUUAGUGUAUGACGCCUGGACGAACUCCCUCUCCGCUGCACCAGCACUGCAAAUUCCCCGAUUCAAAUUCGUAUGCGGGCAGUGGAAGGGGAAACUUUUCGUCGCGGGCGGCAUCCGCCAGCAGCCAUUGGAGGAGGGCGAGGAGAAGAAGGACCUCCGGGCAGCUGAAGUUUUUAUCCCCGAGGGGCAAGGGCGCAUGGUAGAAGAGGGGCAGGGGAAUGGGGGAAAGGGUGCGCGUGGGUGCGGUGGGAGGGUGCGUGGCGGGGCGGCUGCACGUGAUUGGUGGAACCAGGAGCAGCCACCAGUUCAGGGCGGGAGCCGAGGCGCUCAGUUUGGAGGUUUUCCACCCCAGGGCCCGAACCUGGGAGGUUCGGGAGCCGAUUCCGAAGCUGGGCGUCGUGCUAGGCUCGACAGUGCUUGGGCGAUACAUCUUCAUUCUUCGUUGCAUCGAAUCUGGACAAAUUUCUUUCGUCCGGUACGACACCCGUGCCAACGAGUGGAAAGACAUGCACAGCAUGCCCUACGUGCCCCCUCCGACCCCAUGAUACUUAGCAAAGUGUCGUUUAGGUGCGUUGCCUCCCGAACCAGGGUUCUUAUAGUGCAAGUACGGGGAACGUGUGAGGACAUGGGUAUUGCUUCUUUCGCUGCUGGGAGCCGUGCUGGGGAGGGAGGAGGGGGGAAGAAGGGGGGAGGGGUGAGGGAAGAAGAGGCGAGAGAGGGGCAGAGGCAGCAGGAGGGGCAGAGGCAGCAGGAGGGACAGCAGGAGGAGCAGCAGGAGAGGAAGCAGGAGGGGCAGCAGGAGGGGCAGGAGGGGAGGCAGCAGGAGAGGCAGCAGGAGAGACAGCAGGAGAAACAGCAGAGGAAACAGCAGGGGAGGCAGCAGGAGAGGCAGCAGCAGGGGAGGCAGCAGGAGGGGUGGUUGAGAACUGGGUACAACCUUCAGGAAAUGGGGAGGUAAAUGGAGAUAUGCAGAGAGGGGUGUUUGAUGCACCGGCAGCAGAGGCACAGGCUGAUGAUGCAGUUGUUGCUGGGGCAGGUGCUUCUGCGCCUGCUGCUGCGGCUGCUGCUUCUGCUUCUGUUGCUGCUGGCGACGAGCCUGCUGCUGCUACUGCUACUGCUUCUGGGGAUUCUGAUUCUGCUGCUGCUGCUGGUACUGCUGCUGAAACUUCAGAGAACAUUCCCAUAAACAUUGUCAAUGGACCAUCAGACCCUGUAGCAGACCUUGUGCCUGACUUGCCGAACCAUGAAGGUCCAAGGGAACGAGGAGG